AUGAAUGAAAAUGAUCAUGAGGAGGAAGAUGACAAUGAUGUUAUUGAGGUGUAUGAAAAUGAACAUGAAGAGGAAGACGAUGCCAGACUGGAAGAUGAGGAUGAGGUGGAUUGUGAGGUACAAAAUGACGAUUAUGGAGAUUAUGAUGAUUUCUGGAUUCCAAGUUUGUUAAAAGAUGAAUGUAUAAGUUUUGAAACCAUAGUUGAUAUUAGACAGUUUGACAUGGAAAAAAUGAGUGUUGAAGAUGUAAGCAGGUUGGAUUUUGCUGAGUUGGAGUUAGCGUAUGUCUUCUACUGUUGGAGAGAUAAAGGAUCAACAUCAAAUACAAGGAAGCGCCGAGAAAAAAAAGAAAGCAGGUGUGGUUGUGAAACAAUAGUUUUUGCCGCUGCUAUUGUGACUGAUGAGACAGAAGAAACAUAUGUUUGGUUGUUGGAACAAUUCUUGGAAACAAUGAAAGGAAAAACUCCUUGUUCAAUAAUAACUGAUGGCGAUCUGGCUAUGAGGAAUGCUAUAACAAGAGUGAUGGCAGGUGUUUUUCAUAGAUUGUGUGCAUGGCACUUAUUGCGUAAUGCAUUGAGCCAUGUUGGAGACAAACAAGUUUUGAAAUGGUUGAAGAAGCUAAUUCUUGGGGAUUUUGAAGUGGUCACAUUUGAAGAAAAAUGGAAAGAGAUGAUUGCUACCUUUGAAUUGGAAGACAAUAGUUGGAUUGGUGAAUUGUACGAAAAAAGGAUGAAAUGGUCUCCUGCCCAUUUGAGGGAACAAUUUCAAAGGUGCCUCACUUAUUUUCGAUAUAGAGUGGUUGUAGCAGAUUAUUUCUCAACAUACGGGAAUGAAGUUUUGCAAACAAAUCUUCGAUCUCUUGAGCGGUCUGUUGAUCAAUUGCUUACUAAGGAGAUGUUUAUACUUUUUCAGUCAUAUGUCUCUAGGACUAUUAAGCUGAGAGUCGUUGAUUGCAAAGAGAUGGCCACGUUCUCAGUUUACACGAUUGUGAAGUACUAUAGUGGAAGUGUUUGGCGUGUGUCCUAUUUCCCAUCCACGGUUAAUUUUAGUUGUUGUUGUAUGAGAAUGCAAUCCAUUGGUCUUCCAUGUGAUCAAAUAUUGGUUGUUCUGGUUUGUUUAAAUUUUACAAAGUUGCCAAGUUGUUUGGUUCUGAAUAGGUGGUCAAAAUCUGCCACAGAAAAUAUCAAAGAUAAAUAUGCCGAUUCUGCAAUUUAUUGGGAUUCCCAAUUGAUGGCUAGGUAUGUCACUCUGGUUCAAGUUUCUAGAGAAGUUUGCGAAGCUGCAUACUAUGAUGAAGACGAGUAUGAAAAAAUAUUGCAUUUCCUAUCAAAUGAGGUUAGAAGGCUAAAGUCAAACAAAAAUAGUGAACCAUCUAUUGAUGACAAUGAUGAGCAGCAGGGUCAUAAUUAUGAUGAUAUUUUAUACCCUGUUGUUGUUCAAACUAAAGGAUGCGGACAAGUUGGAAUAGAUGAAUCCGGAAAACGAAGGAGAAUCCAAAAGUAUGGGCAAUGUGGUGGAAGUGGCCACAAUAAGCGUUCUUGCACCAAUCGUCCUCGAAAUGCAAAUUUCAUGCAACAACCACAUACAUUUGUUGCUAGUAGUAGCCGUCCUGGUCCAUAA